AUAAUUUUCGACUGAAGAACAUUCCAUUCAAGCUUUCACAUAUACACACAACCCUCGAAGCUGAGCUUCUCUCUUCAGAAGAGACCAUCUUUCUGUAGAUCUGUUUUAGUUCUAUUUAGUCACGGUGGGUUCGGAGGGUUCCUUAGUUGCUCCAGAUUUCUUGCAACGCCUUGAAUUCCCUUUUUAAACGCUGUCGUUUUAUCAAUUUCUGACCCAUCUCUGGAUCCGGAGCUCCGAUCUCGAAGGUUUGCUCUCUCGCCGCCACCAUGGCUGCCGCCAACGCUCCGAUCACUAUGAAAGAAGUUCUCACGUUGCCUAGCAUAGGGAUCAAUUCACAGUUUAUUACUUUCACCAAUGUGACUAUGGAAUCUGAUAAGUAUAUAUGCGUACGCGAGACAGCACCUCAGAACAGUGUGGUGAUCAUCGACAUGAACAUGCCCUCACAGCCAUUGAGGCGGCCUAUUACUGCAGAUUCUGCACUUAUGAAUCCUAAUACCAGAAUUUUGGCUCUGAAAGGUAUGCGAUUUUACUAAU